GGAGUGUCUCCAGUGUAACCCAUGCGUUCUACCCAAUCGCUGCAUUUCCCCUGAGUCGCUUGUUUUGUUUCCAAGUCCUAUAUCCGGAUAGUACCUACGUAAGGCACUUGCGGAGACGUGAAAUGACGGGGUACGCCAGAGUUAGGCCGUUAGUCUCUGGGGAAUCUAAACCUUUUUGGUUUUCUGCCUUCUCACACAUCCUCCCAAAUCUUGAUAUCGAGCCAUUCUCUAUAAAUCUCCAUCAUAGCAGCACCUUUUCAUUUUCGAUGUUUUGCCAGAUACUCAUUUGAUCCAUCUUCCUGUCGACUUUCUUUACUAUUCUCUCGGAGUAGAGUUCUGUUCACCUAAUUACAGUCUACCUUUCGACAGGAAUAGUUGAAAGAGGACGAUGUCGUCUUCGCCAUCUUUGGAGGCUGUGGCGGUCAACACAAAGGACAUGGAUUCCGCAAAGCACAUCGAGGAGGCACAAGGCCAGGGAUGGACCGCAGAAGAGGAGAAGAAGCUCGUCAGAAAGAUUGACAUGUUCUUGAUGCCUACCAUCUUUCUGAUGUACCUCCUGUCUUACAUGGACCGAACAAACAUUGGAAAUGCCAAAAUUGCUGGAAUGGCUGAUGACCUUCAUCUCACAUCUGGACAAUACAGUAUCGCACUCGUGGUUUUCUUCAUCGGAUAUGUCGUUUUUGAGCCUCCUUCCAACAUGAUCCUCGUGCGAACACGUCCCCCUGUUUAUUUGUCGACUAUCAUGGGCAUUUGGGGAAUGCUUACCAUGGUGAUGGCUGCGAUUCAUGACUUCAAGCAUCUCGUUGUCCUUCGUGUCUUGAUCGGUGUGGUUGAGGCCGCAUUUGCGCCCGGUAUCCUUAUGAUCAUCUCUUCCUGGUACAAACGGGAGGAGCAGUCAAAGCGAUUCGGUAUCUACAUCUGCGCUGCCAUCCUGUCUGGUGCCUUUGGUGGAAUCAUUGCUGGUGCCAUCACAGGUGGACUUGAGGGCGCUCAUGGCAUCCGCGGAUGGCGAUGGCUGUUCAUCGUUGAGGGAGCUGCAACCGUUGGUUGGGCUUUCUUCGCCGGCUUCCUUCUGCUCGACUUCCCAGCUCAGUGCAGGUAUAUGAAUGAGCGAGAGAAGUACAUUGCCAUCACCCGCCUCCAAGAAGGUGGUGUCACCACACGCACCGAGGACACCCCCAAGAUGAGCAAGAAACAAGUCUUCAAGACCGUCCUCACAGAUUGGCGUCUCAUUGGUUUCGUCAUUGGAUACAUGGUCAUUGUUGGAUCCUCAACGCUCUCCUACUUCUACCCUACUCUCGUCAAGGGCCUUGGAUACACAAGCACCGUACAGGCUCAGUACAUGACUGUCCCCAUCUAUGCGGUUGCCUUCGUCUGCACCGCGAUUUCGGCAUACUUCUGCGACCGCAUUCCCAAGCACCGCGGUUUGGUCAUUGCAUCCUGGCUCACUUUCUCUCUCAUUACAUCGAUCCUCGUGUGCUGCAUCUACAACUUCACAGCCCGUUACGUCCUUCUGGUUCUCAUGGCAGCCGGAUUGUGGGCAUCCAAUGCCAUCUCUCUGUCGUACGCCAGUGCAUCGUUUGGAGAUAUGGAGCCGGAGGUUCGCGCAAUCGCAUUGGCGACCGUCAAUGCUCUGGGAAAUUUGGCUCAGAUCUACGGAGCUUAUUUGUUCCCUAGUGAUGACGCUCCCAAAUAUCUGAUGGGUUUUGGAGUCAUCUCAGGCAUGCUUGGAGUCGGCGUUUUCACCUACCUCUUUAUGCACUAUAUGCUCCGCAAGAAGGAAGGACUUGGAUUCUGGAGGAAUUAGAUCCUACGAC